AUGCUACAACCACGGAUACGAUCAGUCUGCUUGCAAUGCCGCCAUCUCCUGUCCUCCUCCCGCCGAACGUAUGCAACAGCAGUUGAGGAGUCCAUCCGCUCAUCGAGCGCCACCAACGAUACAAUCGCAUACUCGCCAUCAUCAGCGCCCGCGCGAAAGCAAUCCGGGUUUGAGCUGAGAACAUACAAGCCUAGGACGCCAGGUGUACGGCAUCUCAAACGACCCAUCAAUGACCAUCUGUACAAAGGCAAACCCCACAGACCUCUUACCUUUGCCAAAAUCGGCCAUGGAAAGGGUGGUCGUAAUGGCAGUGGACGGGUAGUGAUGAGACAUCGAGGUGGUGGUCACAGGCGACGGAUCAGGACUGUGGACUACAUUCGAAACGUCCCUGGCAAGCACAUUGUUGAGCGAAUCGAGUACGAUCCCAAUCGUAGUGCUCAUCUGGCGCUGGUCGAGAGUGUGAAGACGAAAGAGAAGACUUAUAUCAUUGCUGCGGAAGGCAUGCGCGCAGGAGACACCGUUGAGUCCUUCUUGUCCGGCAUUCCGAAGGAUUUGUUGGCUAGUAUGGGAGGUGUGAUGGAUCCUGGUAUGCUUGCUGCGAAGACCGCAUUCCGAGGAAACUGCUUGCCGAUGCACAUGGUGCCGAUGGGGACUCAAGUGUACAAUGUGGGAUCUACAGCUGGCAAGGGCGCAGUCUUCUGCCGCAGUGCCGGCACGUAUGCAACUGUCAUUGCGAAGCAGGAAACAGGCAGCGAGGCGAAGAAGAGGGUCAAGGAUGUGACGGUACGACUACAGAGUGGUGAAGUGAGGAAGGUGGAUAGGGAUGCGUGCGCCACGGUUGGGGUGGCCAGCAACCCGCAUUGGCAGUUUCGACAACUCGGAAAGGCCGGAAGGAGCAGAUGGCUUAACAUCAGGCCUACCGUGCGUGGUCUGGCUAUGAACGCUGCGGACCAUCCUCACGGUGGUGGACGUGGUAAGAGUAAGGGUAAUGUGCAUCCAGUGUCUAUCUGGGGCACACCGGCCAAAGGUGGAUACAAGACGAGGAAGAAGCGCAAUCCGAACAAGUAUGUUGUCCAGGACAGGCCACGCAAUCAAGGCAAGAGGAGGACGACCAAUUAG